AUGCGCGAUACGGCGCUGACUGAGACUUUGACCGAGAGUGGUUUGUUUGUCUAUAAAUUCAAAAAUUUAAAGGUUAGAUAUUUUGCAUGUAUAAUUCUGUUUAAAUUACUUUGAAUUGACUUUUGAAAAUUUCAAUCAAUUAAAUAAUUUAAUAUUUAAAUAAUUUAAUAAUCAUUAAUAAUUGAAUCAAAGGUGGGUGUAACAGUGUGAGCAACAACAAACAAAAAAGAAGCGUAUCGAGUAAUCUUUAUAAUAGCUGCUGCUGAACUAAUAAUACUCACCUCUCAGAUAAUAUGUUGUCUCCUAAGGAAAGUGGAAAUUUGAUAGCAAAAAAAUCUGAAUUAGUUUCAAUCAAUCAACAAGGAAUUUCAUCUUUGUCACAGCAGAUUUUUGCUGCAUUGAAGGAUGGCACGCUUUCCAUUUCAAAUCUGCUGUCACAAGGCAGUUUUCCAGUCGGCUUAACUGAAGAAAAACUUGUCAACUGGUUGUUUGUUGUGGACACGCUCAACUUCUGCUUCUGGCCAAUAAACGGAGGCAAUUGGGAAGUGAACGCGAAAGGUCAAGUCCAUACCGGCUACUUUGCUCUGUGUGCUGCUCUGGAUGUUUCCAAUGAUAGUGAAGUUGACAUGACUAAUCCAGCUUACUAUUCACAAAUGAAUCUUAACGAUUUGCAAAAACUUUUGCAAAUUGAUUAUGAUCCUCUGUUGAAACAGAGACUUGAUGCUCUUCAUCAGGUUGGCAAUAUGCUUUUAGAAAACUACAACGGAUCAUUCGCCAACUGUGUGAAGGAGUGUGACAAAUCUGCACAAAAGCUUUUGCAGUUGAUUGUGACCAAGUUUCCCUGUUUCAAUGAUGUCGCCGAAUAUAAGGGCCUUAAAGUAUCAUUCUACAAGAGAGCUCAAAUUCUGAUUGCUGAUUUAUGGACUACAUUCGAUAGGAAGAGCUACGGUGAAUUUCACGAUAUCGAUACGAUAACAAUGUUUGCUGAUUACAGAGUACCUCAGGUUCUAGUUCAUUUCGGCGUCCUUGAGUACAAAAAGAAGCUGAAAGAUAUCCUUAACGAAGGUCAGUUUCAACUCUUUUGUACAGAUUGUUUACAAACUCCCUACCAAUGCUCUAGGGCAUUGUUCCUGGGUAACAAACAUAUCUAAUUAUCAUAUUUUAAAUGUCCGGAAGUCGUCAGUUAACCAUUUUGCUUUUUUCACUUAUUUUUACCCCUAAAAAUGGUUGACAUACGAAAUUGAAACUUUGCACAAUCAUUUAUAACGACUAGACAAAGCUACAAAAAAAUUAUGAUAAUUUUUCAAAUUCAUAAAACAAAGUGGCGGACAUUUAAAAUGUUGUUUCUUAAAUAACUCAGAAACCGCGGUUUUACAAAUAAUUACAAGAAUAACUUUUUCAGUAAAUUUAAUUACCUAUCGAUUUGUACAUGAUUUUUUAAGAUUGAACUAAUAUUAACUGAGAUAUGGCAGCUUUAGUGAUAGGUGACCGUUGGGGAGGGAUAGGUGACCGUUGCAUUGCAUGCCAAGGCAUGCGGCUAAAGUCUGCCACAACAAUCCAACAGUCUCCUUCUGCUUUGCAUGCCAUUUGUAACCUAUUUUAGAUUAUAUCAAACAAUAAUUAUUACAUAACCCUCUCGGUCUUGACAUAAGUUUAGAAUAACUGUAAUUUAUUUCACUUGAGAAGAGAAAAUUUAGGUAGAGAUUUGUUAACAAUAUGAUUUUAUUUACAUUAAUACAGAAACUUAAUACAUUCUGAAAGAAAAUAAAAAUACAAAGAAAAAAGAAUACAAUUAGCAGAUGUUGGAAUGGAAAACAUAGCCAAACUUCAAAUAAUUUGCUCGGAUACAUGCUCUGGAAAUUGAGUUGGUGGGUAGAAUUGUGGAGGCUGGGGCCGUCAUUCAAGAGGAAAAUGCAAACAUUUUCCAGUCAAUGAAAAACUGUUUCAGGGCAUGUAUCCGAGCAGGUGGAAGGCAUUUCGAGCAAAUUAUUUGAAGUUUGGCUGAGUUUUCCAACCAUAUUUCCAUCAUAAUUUUUUGUAGCUUUGUCUAGUUUUUAUAAAUGAUUGUGUAAAGUUUCAAGUUCGUAUGUUUAACCAUUAUUUAGAAAAAAAUUAUAAAUGAAAAAGCAAAAUGGCCGCUGUGAGAGUAACUGAAGACUUCCGGACAAUUUAAAAAUUAUAUUUAGAUACGUUUCUCACCCAGGAAUAAUGCCCUAGAGUAUUAGUAGGGAGUUCGUAAACACAAUGUAUAUUCAUUUUAUCAUAGUAUUAUCGUAAUCUUAUCUUUGUUGAACAUAUAUGCGUUCAAAAAUCACUUUCCGGUAAUUCGGAACCCACCUAAAACUGCUCAUCCUAUCGCCUCCACCACCUCCUUAUCCCAUAAUUUCUAUCUCACACACACAUGAAGCUUGAUUUUAAAUCACACUCGACAAAAGUAAAAAGUUAUUGAAACGGUAUUAGUGAACUAUGAAAGUUUCCGUCAAACUCAAUACCCAAUAGAAUGAAAAAGCAUAGUUAAAUUUAAGAAAAGUUCUUUGAUUGAUCAAAAAGUUUAUCGAGAAAGUGAUUGAUAUUCAAUCUCAUUCUAUUGAAUUGAAAAAUUAUUUGAUCUUAAGUAAACAUUUUUAUUCAGUUUAUUGAUAGCAGUAAUUUUGUGUGAAAUUAUGGACCACUUAGGUACUGUAUUGAGUCGAUGCCCGGUUUCUCCAAGCUCAGUCAAAAGACAUUUGAACAUGAUCAAGCCGAGUACUCUUUACAAGUGUGCAUUGUAAUAUUAUCGAUAGUAACUACACUAUCGCCAUAGAAAUAAUAUGUUCCAGUGUACUUGUUGUAAACCGUGCCUGAGUUGACCAUGUUCAAAUGUCUUGACCGAGAUUGGAGAAACCGAACAUAAGUACAUCAACUGUAUUCCUGUCUUU